UCUAUGGGACCCUUCCUUGCUUCCAGUAUGCACAGCUCUACUCAUUGAGAUCAUCCCAGUGCUUGCUAUUGAAAUUUGGGUGGAAGAGGGAGGCAUCUGCCUAGUCUGAGUCCUGGCUGGAAGAAACACUCCCUUCAGUGUCCCCUUCCCCAAAUGUGAUCGGGCUGGGGCAGCUGGCAACUUAUUACUCUGCAGAAAUGAAAUAGCAGCCUAGAAAGUGGUGGUGAGCAGACCUUUUCCAAGCAGCAAACUGCCUCUUUAAGGGGGUGAGGGAAGUCUGGCUUAUUGCAACAUCUGCUUCUGGAGCCCAAAAUCCCCUCCAGCAUGCUGGAGGAGAAGACUAAUAUCCUACAGUGUGCCUCUGGAAUUCUGCCACUCUCGGGGAUUGGGCUGAAGCAAGGGCAGGACAUUGACUCAGCAGGAUGCCAGGAUCCAUACCACAAUUUGCGGGAAGUGCUCCAGUUGAAGCUUCAGCAAAGACGGACCCGGGAGGAGCUGGUGAGCCAAGGGAUCAUGCCGCCUCUGAAAAGUCCAGCUGCGUUUCAUGAGCAGAGAAGGAGCUUGGAGCGGGCCCGGACAGAAGACUAUUUGAAACGGAAGAUCCGUUCGAGGCCAGAGAGAUCAGAGCUGGUCAGGAUGCACAUUUUGGAAGAGACCUCAGCUGAACCUUCCCUCCAAGCUAAACAGCUAAAACUGAAGAGAGCCCGGCUGGCUGAUGACCUCAACGAGAAGAUUGCCCAGCGGCCAGGCCCCAUGGAACUGGUGGAGAAGAAUAUCCUUCCGGUGGAGUCCAGUCUGAAGGAGGCCAUCAUCGUGGGACAGGUCAAUUAUCCCAAAGUGGCUGACAACUCUUCCUUUGAUGAGGACAGCAGUGAUGCCCUGUCCCCUGAGCAGCCAGCCAGCCAUGAGUCCCAGGGUUCGGCACCAUCACCGCUGGAGGGUCGAGGCACUGAGCCCCUGGCCACUUCUAUUUCUGUGUCCCCUCCUCAGGUGGUGUCCCAGCUCCAAGUGUGCCCCGACUCCAGUGAACCUGCUUUCCUGGCAGAGCAGCUGUCUCCUCUGCCAGCUCCACCUUUGCUGCCACCCAGCCUCCCUAAUGGAGGUACUGCUCCCACUGCCAAGCCCACCCCGACACUCAUCAAGCAAAGCCAGCCCAAGGCCCCAGGGGAGAAGCCCCCACGCAGCAAGAAGGCCAAGGAUCUGAAGCCCAAAGUGAAAAAACUCAAGUACCAUCAGUACAUCCCCCCUGACCAGAAGCAGGACAGAGGGGCGCCCCCCAUGGACUCCUCCUACGCCAAGAUCCUGCAGCAACAGCAGCUCUUCCUCCAGCUCCAGAUCCUCAACCAGCAGCAGCAGCACUACAACUACCAGACCAUCCUGCCCGCCCCGCCCAAGCCCGUGGGUGAGGCCCAAGGUAGCAGCAGCCCUGCCUCUCUACGUGCUGUCCCUGCUGCCCUGGGCAGCUCAGCCUCUGGCCCACCGGGGCCCACCGGCCUUGUGCGCCAGAACUCCGUGACUGGCAAACUGGGCCCGCUUCCCUCCAACCUGGAUGACAUGAAGGUGGCCGAGCUGAAGCAGGAGCUGAAGAUGAGAGCUCUCCCUGUCUCGGGCACCAAGACAGACCUGAUUGAGCGCCUCCGGGCAUAUCAGGAACACGCGGGGGUCCCCGGCUCCGCCUCCGGAGCCCCCAAGCCUGGGGCCGCCCCCAUCCUCGCCAAAGCCGGGGAAGUGGUGGUGGCCUUCCCGGCGGCCCGGCUGAGUGCGGGCCCCGCCCUGAUGGCCGCGGGCCUGGCGCCCACCGAGGUCGUCGUGGCCACCGUGACCAGCAACGGGAUGGUGAAGUUCGGCAGCACGGGCUCGACGCCCCCGGUGUCUCCGACGCCCUCAGAGCGCUCCCUGCUCAGCACAGGCGAUGAGAACUCCACCGGUGCUGGUGGCGACGCCUUUGGGGAGAUGGUGACCUCGCCCCUGACGCAGCUCACCCUGCAGGCGUCCCCGGUGCAGAUCCUGGUGAAGGAGGAGAGCACCACUGCCCGGGCCGAGCGGCUCGGCCGAGACCUUGAGAGCCGUGACAAGGACCAGAUGCUGCAGGAGAAGGACAAGCAGAUCGAGGAGCUGACGCGCAUGCUCAAGCAGAAGCAGCAGCUGGUGGAGAUGCUGAGGCUGCAGCUGGAGCAAGAGAAGCGCGCCCAGCAGGCGGCUCCCCGUCCGCCGGCCCCCGCCCUCCUGGCUCAGGUGAAGCAGGAAGACGGCUUCUCCAGCUGCCAGCUCACGGGGCCAUCCGCGGAGCCCAGCGCUGCACCGGUGCUGGCGGUGACGGUGAAACAGGAGGCGCUGCCUGAGGAGGAGCCUCCCAGCUGCCUCCUGGCACCAGACCUGAGCAGCCUCCUCCCAGGGCCUCCCCCAGGGCUCAUCACGGAUGCCACAGGGACUCACAUCAUCCUCACCGUGACCAAGCGGGACACGGAGGACUCGGCCGACAACGAGGAGCCUGGAGAAGCUGGCGGCGGCCAGAGCCCCUCCCAGGGUCCGCCCAGUCCGGGACCGUCCCCACUCCUGCCCUUCUCAGUCCCCCCUGGCCUGCAGUCAUUCUUUCCAAAUGGCUUCCACAAGACUGCCUUGAAAGCAAGUGUGGCCACGCCCAGCAGCCUGCCCAAGAAGGCCUCCUCAGAGCCCAGUUCCCCAGCAGCCCUCCAGACCUCCCAGAUGGAGCUGGACCACCAGUCUCAGACACUGUUUGAGGCAGCUCCUGGGGCCAGCCGCCUGCCCACCCUGGUGAAGAAAGAGCCCCCUGGCUAUGAUGAGGCUGUGAAGCAGCAGCCCAAGCCCCAGGAGGAAAAUGGUUCCUCAAGCCAGCAGAUGGAUGAUCUCUUUGACAUCCUCAUCCAGAGUGGAGAAAUUUCAGCUGACUUUAAGGAGUCCUCGCCUUCACCGGGGAAGGAUUCAAGCCCCGCCCUGCCCUGCCCUUCCCCAGUGACCCCCCAGCCUCCUCCGGAGGUGCCCCUGCCCCUGGGUACCAGCCCUGCCCCCGGCCGCCUGGAAGACUUUCUGGAGAGCAGCACGGGGCUGCCCCUGCUGACAGGGGGGCAGGAGGGACCGGAGCCCCUGUCCCUCAUUGAUGACCUCCACAGUGAGAUGCUGAGCAGCUCUGCCAUCCUGGACCACCCGCCUUCCCCUAUGGAUACUUCUGAAUUGCACUUUGCCCAUGAGCCCAGCACCAGCCUGGGUCUGGACUUGGCCGAGGGCCAUCUGGACAGCAUGGACUGGCUAGAACUGUCGGGGGGGCCUGUCCUCAGCCUGGCGCCCCCUAGCAACAUGGCCCCCAGCCUCUUCUCCACAGACUUCUUGGAUGGCCAUGAUCUGCACCUACACUGGGAUUCCUGCUUGUAGCCUCCAGCUUCCAGGGAAGAAGGAAGGGAUGGCCUGACCGCCCUGGGAGUGGGCGCUCUGGGCAGCUGUCGGCCUUUUCCCCUGCCGCCGGCUGCCCCCUCCCGUCUGGGACCACAGCUGGGGGCAUCGGGCCAGGCUGGGGAAGUUGCUAUGUGGCCUCCAUUUUCGAGGCCUGAGGUGCCAUGUUUUUAUCCAGGGCAGGACUGGGAGAGGAUCAGACCUGCCUGCCCAGCUCCCAGCCCUUUCUCCUCAGGGAGGAAACCCCCUGGGCCAUCUUAGUGCAGCCCUAGUACAGCGGUUGUACAAACAAGAAAUGUUCUGUACAGGUCUGUAAAUAGCUCAAUAUUUUAUAUAUAUAUAUAUAUAUAUAUAUAUAUAUAU